GGGCGGUCCCUGCGGGGCGGGCGGGGCCCGACGGGCUCUCUGUGUGGCCGCGGCCAUGAAGCCGCAGCCGCCGGGCUAGGCCCCGGGCGGCUCUAGCCCAGGGCGGCCCGCGGAGGGCCGGGCCCAGCCUCCGGCCCCGGUUGCCGGGCCGGCGUGCGGCCACUCACGAUGCCCGGCAAGCACCAGCACUUCCAGGAACCCGAGGUCGGCUGCUGCGGGAAAUACUUCCUGUUUGGCUUCAACAUCAUCUUCUGGGUGCUGGGGGCCCUGUUCCUGGCCAUCGGUCUCUGGGCCUGGAGUGAGAAGGGCGUUCUCUCCAACAUCUCGGCGCUGACAGAUCUGGGAGGCCUUGACCCUGUGUGGCUGUUUGUGGUGGUUGGAGGCAUCAUGUCUGUGCUGGGCUUUGCCGGCUGCAUUGGGGCCCUCCGGGAGAACACCUUCCUGCUCAAAUUUUUCUCCGUGUUUCUUGGCCUCAUCUUCUCCCUGGAGCUGGCAACAGGGAUCCUGGCCUUCGUCUUCAAGGACUGGAUUCGAGACCAGCUCAACCUCUUCAUCAACAACAAUGUCAAGGCCUAUCGGGACGACAUUGACCUCCAGAACCUCAUUGACUUUGCUCAGGAAUACUGGUCUUGCUGCGGAGCCCGAGGGCCCAACGACUGGAACCUCAAUAUCUACUUCAACUGCACUGACUUGAACCCCAGCCGGGAGCGCUGCGGGGUGCCCUUCUCCUGCUGCGUCAGGGACCCGGCGGAGGAUGUCCUCAACACUCAGUGUGGCUACGACGUCCGGCUCAAACUGGAGCUGGAGCAGCAGGGCUUCAUCCACACCAAAGGCUGCGUGGGCCAGUUUGAAAAGUGGCUGCAGGACAACCUGAUUGUUGUGGCAGGGGUCUUUGUGGGCAUCGCCCUUCUCCAGAUCUUUGGCAUCUGCCUGGCCCAGAACCUCAUCAGCGACAUCAAGGCAGUGAAGGCCAACUGGAUCAAAUAUGAUGACGGCUACAAACUACUCAAAUAAACAAAUCCUUGAAAACCAGUGGCUUCAGCCCAGCAUCCUGAAGGUUCUGUCAGCUGCAGGGCCUCGGCAGAGCUCUCCACCCUGGGCCCUGGCCCAGACCCACUCCGCCAGUGCAUUUUCUUGGUCUGGGUAGUAUAUACAUUUGAGCCAACCUUUAAAACAUGGCGUAUUUCAUGUAAAAGUCCAGAUCCGUGAAGAUUGGCCAUCCGGCCCCAGCGGCUCUUGGGACGUCAUCAUCCCCCCGUGCUUCCUAUUCUCUGAGACCCGCCUGGCCGGUGCUGCUCACCCUGUAGGCUGGGGUUGACCUCCCCUCUGCUGUAGGGUUUUCCCCUGGAAACACCUCGAGGCUGCCAUGGGCCAAGCCUGGAGUGAGGCGCAGGGAUGUGAAAAAUGGAGAGGCCACACAACUUGGGUGGGGUCCAACCCCACUGGAGACUGAGAUGAAUGCCCAGUAGAGUGGCUGAGGUGUGGAAUGGAGAUCAGGAAGGUUUGGGGAAGGAAAUAAUUGGAAGUCAAAAACUUGGCACCCAUAGGGUUGGCAGGGAGCCUACUUUGGGGCCCAUGGUGGUUGAUGCUGGGUCUCAUUUGGAAUCAAAUGGUGGCCUGCAGAGCUGCCUCAUGACCACCAGAGGGCACUCCAGCACAGCUUUGCUUGGGUCUGGCGACUUAACACUGCAACCUCUCAUACAGCCAAGUGGCUGGUGUGUCCACCCUGCUUACCAGUGCUUCCAAUUCAGGGAACUUGAGAUCUUUGAAAAGAGUUCAGACUUGGGAAGUCUGACUGUUGCUCUCAGCUCUGCCUCUUAGCUGCAUGAAGGGGUGUGUGGCAUAUAAAUGCUGCACCCAUCCAUCCAGGGGGUGCUCUUUGUGGAUCAAAGGGAUCUGUGGGUAGUUCAUAGAUCUGAAACUCAGAUGCUCUUAAGGUCACGUAGGUCAUAUAAAUGAAUGAAGUAGGCCUUUGACUUGUGAGGCCUUUGCAGUGCCACUGACUUUCCUACUGUCCCUGAAGACGACACAGAGAGACGUUGCUUUAUGACCAGAGAAAUAUUUGGGCCACUGAGUUGAUGAUGUACCUUGAGAUACAACGGAGUAUGGUGGGGACUCACAGAGCAUAGAUCCCCGUCUGAGCUUGGUGACUGUCAUUUAGUUGUGGCUAAUUGUUAUAAAGUGGGAAUGCAGGUCUAAUGUCAGAAAUCCAGAGAAGCCAGGAAUUCAGGAUUUUAUGUGAAAUAGACCUAUUUUUAAGUUGUUAACUAAUAAAAAAAAUUGAAAUGCUGCAAGCCCAACGAAAGGUACAGCUGUGGCGCCUGUGACACUGCAGAUCCCUCUGGGACAGUCAUCCGCUGGAGUCCUGGCUGCUCUGCCAUCCAGGGAUGCUGAGAGCUGCCGCUGGGAGGGCAGGGUAUCGGGUAUGCAGCCAGCACUGUGGCUCCCAGACGCCAGCUGGACAGUGUCCGGGGUCCCUGGCAGAUGCCAGUGUACCACAAUAAAUGCAACUCACAGUA